GCCUAGUCCCAUAGAGCCUAGUCCUUGAUGCCAAUGCAGACAGCGUAGAAGGCUGAAAUGCGGGGGCCCGAGUCCCAGUACGGAUCAGCUCUGAGGACUGACGGCGAGGGAAGGAACGCAUCCACUCGCCGCGCUGAUACUACUUCAUUUAAUGACUCCACAUGUCCAUAUGUGGGCAUUAACACAUGUAAUGUCCCACUGCUGCAGGAGUGCCACUGAAGCUACUUUUGUGCCAGUAUCCAGGAUUGGCGAACCGUUUUUGUCUGGAUUCCUUCUGUGAGUUCGAUUCUGAAGCUUGCCGAGGAUCACCCCACCAGUGAAGAUGAGACAAUGGUUCCAGUGCUAGCAUCGAAAAAAGCCAGCGAGCUGCCAGUGAAUGAAGUAGCGUAUAUACUUCAGGCAGACCUACAGUAUGGCCUGUCCCACAGCGAGGUGACCCGUCGACGUGCCUACCACGGUUGGAACGAGUUUGACAUCAGCGAAGAUGAGCCGCUCUGGAAGAAGUACAUUUCCCAGUUCAAGGACCCCCUCAUCAUGCUCUUACUGGCCUCUGCUGUCAUUAGUGUACUGAUGCGCCAGUUUGAUGAUGCUGUUAGCAUCACUGUGGCCAUUAUCAUCGUUGUUACAGUUGCCUUUGUUCAGGAGUACCGCUCAGAGAAGUCACUGGAGGAAUUGGGGAAGCUGGUACCACCUGAAUGUCAUUGCAUACGAGAGGGACGCCUGGAGCACCUGCUGGCUCGGGAGCUGGUCCCAGGGGACACGGUCUGCCUUUCAGUAGGGGAGCGAGUCCCAGCUGACUUGCGCCUCUUUGAGGCGAGUGACCUGUCCGUGGAUGAGUCCAGCCUGACAGGAGAGACCACCCCCUGCUCCAAGUCCAUAGCCCCCCAGCCUGCAGCUACUAAUGGUGACAUCACCUCCCGGAGUAAUGUGGCUUUCAUGGGGACCCUGGUGCGCUGUGGAAAGGCCAAGGGUAUUGUGAUCGGAACUGGAGAGAAUUCUGAAUUUGGUGAAGUCUUUAAGAUGAUGCAAGCUGAGGAGGCUCCCAAAACCCCUUUACAGAAAAGCAUGGACCUGUUGGGGAAACAGCUUUCUCUUUACUCCUUUGGCAUUAUAGGGGUCAUCAUGCUGGUAGGCUGGCUGCAGGGCAAACACAUCCUGGACAUGUUCACCAUUGGUGUCAGCCUGGCGGUCGCCGCUAUCCCAGAGGGCCUUCCUAUCGUGGUGACAGUCACCCUGGCGCUCGGCGUGAUGCGGAUGGUUAAGAAACGUGCCAUCGUGAAGAAGCUGCCAAUAGUGGAGACAUUGGGCUGCUGCAAUGUUAUUUGCUCCGACAAGACGGGAACCUUGACCAAAAAUGAGAUGACGGUCACUCAUCUGUUCACGUCUGAUGGGCUCCAUGCUGAGGUCACAGGUGUUGGCUACAAUGGUGCCGGUGAGGUCCUGCUAGAUGGGGAGGUGGUCCAUGGAUAUUCCAACUUAUCCAUUUGUAAAGUGGUUGAGGCGGGCUGUAUCUGCAAUGAUGCCGUCAUCAGGAACAAUACCCUUAUGGGCCGGCCUACAGAGGGUGCUCUCAUUGCUCUAACGAUGAAGAUGGGCCUAGAAGGGGUGCAACAGGAACAUGUGCGGAAGGAGGAGCACCCAUUCUCCUCGGAGCAGAAGUGGAUGGCGGUGCGCUGUGUGCACCACGCUCAGCAGGACAAGCCUGGGCUCUACUACAUGAAAGGGGCCUACGAACAGGUCAUCCGCUACUGCAGCACAUACAACAGCAAGGGCCUCAUGCUGCCUCUGACCAGCCAGCAGAGGGAGCUGUACCAGCAGCAGAAGAGCUACAUGGGCACUGCCGGCUUGAGAGUUCUGGCCUUUGCAUCCGGUGCCGAGAUGGGUCAUCUCACCUUCCUCGGCAUGGUGGGCAUCAUUGAUCCACCCAGGGAGGGGGUGAAGGAGGCUGUAGGCACACUCAUCAGCUCUGGUGUAGCUGUCAAGAUGAUUACAGGCGACUCCCAGGAAACUGCAGUGUCCAUCGCCAGCCGACUGGGUCUGUACACCAAAGGUUCCCAGGCGCUCUCUGGGGAAGAAGUAGACCAGAUGGACAUCCAGCAGCUGUCUCUCAUUGUGCCAAGGAUCGUGGUGUUCUACCGAGCCAGCCCCAGACACAAACUCAAGAUCGUCAAGUCUCUACAGAACACUGGCGCCGUGGUGGCCAUGACAGGUGACGGGGUGAACGAUGCAGUGGCCCUCAAGGCCGCCGACAUCGGCGUGGCCAUGGGUCAAACGGGCACCGACGUCUGCAAGGAGGCGGCCGACAUGAUCUUGGUGGAUGAUGACUUCAGAACCAUCAUGUGUGCCAUAGAAGAAGGAAAAGGAAUUUACAAUAACAUCAAGAAUUUUGUCCGAUUUCAGCUCAGCACGAGUAUUGCUGCUUUGACACUGAUCUCCUUGGCAACCCUCAUGAACUUCCCUAAUCCCUUGAAUGCCAUGCAGAUAUUGUGGAUUAAUAUCAUAAUGGAUGGACCCCCUGCACAAAGUCUGGGUGUGGAACCUGUGGACAAGGACGUGAUCCGAAAACCUCCGAGGAACGUGAAGGACAGCAUCAUUACUCGGAGCCUCAUCGUAAAGAUCCUGGUGCCAUCAGUCAUCAUCGUAUGCGGCACACUCUUUGUCUUCUGGAGAGAGCUACGAGACAACGUGAUCACCCCUCGAGACACAACCAUGACUUUCACCUGCUUCGUUUUCUUCGACAUGUUCAACGCCCUCAGCUCCAGGUCACAGACCCGCAUGGUACACGAAAUGGGCCUCUGCAGCAAUCGGAUGUUCUGCUAUGCGGUGCUGGCUUCUAUCAUGGGUCAGAUGCUGGUCAUCUACUUCCCCCCACUGCAGAUGGUCUUCCAGACAGAGAGUCUUAGCAUCUUUGAUCUGCUCUUCUUAAUCGCGCUGACAUCUUCUGUGUGCGUCGUUUCGGAGGUCAUCAAGAAGAUCGAGAGGUGGAGGGGCAAAGGGUCAGAGUUAAUAGACACCACUGACUCUUUCAACGAAGUAUGACGCAUGUUGUGUCGGGUUCGAAGGAGUCGGCAGAAGCUGGGCACCUACGGAGUAUGGACUGGAACGACGGCGUCACAUUUUCUUUCCAUUUGUCAUUUUACAUUUUGGAUUUCUUGGACUCAAGGCAGUCGGAGAUGAAUGGAACCAGUCGCUCUGAGGACCAGUGUGUUGGGAAUCGAGACCCCUCUGCAAGUCAUUGGUUCACUACUCAAGUCUAUGACCCCUUCAGGAGGUCCAGAGGAACACUUUUCUGAAAAGUGCUUGGUUUCUGCCUUUUUUUCUUUGAGUGGCUGAUGCAGCUUUUGUGGAACAACGUGGAUGUUAUCUUGAUGCAUUCCAGCUCAACUAGCUAGAAUAAGUCCCUUAUAGUCUAAAUAUGUCAUUUAACUGUAUAGGACAACAUGUGUGGGGUUCAUUUCAUGUAAUGGUUUUAGGGUGGAGGUGACCACUAUCAAUAUGCUUUGUGGUUAAAUCAAAUGAUUGAGUUUUUUUCCUUUUUUUUCUUUCCUUCCAACCCUCGUUGGGAUUUCCACAUUAAGCAUGAAUACAAAAUUGAGUUUUUUUUUUUUUUUUUUUUUUUUGCACCACUACUGCUUGCUGCUCCACAGCACUGCGCUAUGAUGUUCCCAGACCUCAGUAUUUUACUAUUUACACUCAUUAACACGAGUGGGGAAACAUUAAGGUAGAAGACAAACUUAUCCCAAUCUGGUUCCCAGUUGGAUUAUUUGGUCCGGCCUGUUGUACUGUAACGCCACACUUUGAUGUCCUCAGUUACAGUCCUAACCAGUCCUUGACCCAGUCCCACUUGCUCUGGAGUAUUGUAGGUCAGGGUCACUCAUCCAUGCAGAAAGAAUAACCACAAGCAGUUUGUGAAGUAUAUAUUAAUUUGUACAGCACAUGUUUUAGAGUAAAUCAUUAUUUAUUUGUCCCAAUGUUAGUUUGCACUAUUAAGAAUAAUAUCCUACUGUACUACUUGUGUUACUGAGAGCGUUCAUUUUGGAAGUUUCCGGAAGCAUUUCCUCAUUUACCUCAUUAAUUAACAUGAUUUCAAGGCCUUACGUCAACAAGCAAAGCAAACUCGGUUUUUCCCUCCAAGAGCAACAGAGGAGCUUCUGCUGGCCUUAAGACUGCAGUUGUAAACAGGCUUUUUUUGUAUCUGACAGCUUAGCCUCCACUCGUCUCUUUGCCGUGGCUUUCAAGCCACAUGUUCUGCUCCGCUCUCUUCUCCUCCACUCCGCUCUGCUCUGUCCAGGUCUGAGCCGAGGCUGCGCUCAAUAGUGCCACGUGGCUUUCCCAGAAAGUAAAAACCGAUGAUGAGUGACAACAGUGCUUCUCGUUUUGUGUUGGCACAGCUGAAAACGAUACUCUGUUGUGACAGUUUGAGAAUAACCCUGUACAUUAAAGUUUUUGUAAACCUUUUA